AUGGAGUAUGUUUCAAAAUCAGAUAAUGCAUAUAUUUUAAUAAAAAUUUGUAAUUUAUUAGAUUUUAAUGCUGUAAAUCGUGUAAAAACAGCUAUUAAGAAUAUUAUUUUAGAAUUAUUUGGUUUAUCAAUGUUGUUAAAAGCUAAAUAUAAUAUAUUGAAGAUACUAGAUGAUAACACCUUUUUUAUUUUACAAACAGACAUAAGGUUUUUGAGUUUAUUUUUAUAUAUUAUACAACCAAAUAACACAAAAAAAUAUGAAUUUCAUUUGAAAGUUCUUAAAAUAUCUAAUUUUUUGUCAAAUUUAACAUAUUUAUCAAACCAUAUUUUUAAAAUUGAAAGUCAAUAA